GUACAAUUAAGUAAAAAAUAUAAAUACUUAUAGAUGUGUAAUAUACAGGUAUUUGAGGUGUCUGUUGAGGCUGAGAAGAAUGACAAUGAGAUCGCUAUGACGUCGCUGAUGCCUACAGGACCGUUUCGCUUAUUGGUCAUGGACAUUUAUAGAAAUGUAAGCCUUGGAGUAAUGUAAUCCUGCUCAUUUAUUAAACGACAAUAAGAAAACGUGUAUAUGAGGUUCUUCCGUAUUUGCGUCGUUCGCGAUACCUGCAUAUUCAUCAUAACCACUCCUCAUUUGCAUACUGUGUACUUUCGCUUCCUCAUCGGGAGUUGAUCAACUUGAUCACUUUCUGUCCCAAUCAUGACGAACAGCGUCGAAGAUCAAACGCCUGUUUCGCGAAAAGACGUCUUCGCUAAGUAUUUACAGUACUACGACAAAGUUAGUUGUGAAGGCAGUCUGAAAGUGUGUUCAGAACCACAGGUGACAGAUGAAGCCAGACGCGUGCUGCUGCUAUCAGACGAAGAGCCGCGGAAGAAGCUGAACGCGCUGGACUUCUAUGAGACUCUGUAUAAGUGCGCCCAGCACAGAGACUGCCACAGACGAGUCCACGACUUGAAAAAAGCCGCCGAGUUACUGGAGCUCUUCUGUGUCAACCUGUUUUUGUUUCCGUGGAAGAAAGAGAUUAAAACAUUAAAGACAUUUACAGGGCACUUUGUCUAUUACAUCAAGCCAGUAUUGCCUUUUGCCAGAAGUAUUCUUCAAAUGAUUGGAUACUACAUGGAAACAGACACUGAGUAUAGACUGUCAGACAAAUUUGACCCUGACAAGGCCAAGAGUAUGGGAUUCGACCUUUUACUUGCCAGGUUAGAGUGUGAGCACCUUCUGGAGCUCAUGAACCAGAGAUCACAUGUCGAAUGUCUGGAAAUCAUCCGAACAAGAGCUGCUUCUCUGACCUUCACCGCUGGGGAAGAAGUUUCAGAACCUACCAAUGGCAUCUGUAAUCCAAAUGAGGAUGUUCUGAAGGAUGAUGUUUUUAAAGAGGAUGGACAUGUUGAAGGCAGCUCACUGGUAAACCCAGAGGAAGAACAUCAACAGGAGUCACUUAAAAGUCAUAACUCUGAUCAAGGAGUCGACAAGUCUCAAGAUGGUCCUAUCUCUGAUGUUGAAAGACCGCCCAACUCAUUUAUGACCGAUGACAAGUCUAUCUUAGAGAUGCGGGAGAACUACCCAGACCUGGCCAUCGGACAAAAGCCCAUUUUCCAAAAGUCUCAAAGAUCUGUGCAGCCUCUCAAACCUCAGGAGUGGGCUGGAUCCAGAAGCCACAACGCGGGUCUGUUCCACGAGGCCAGUACUGACAUGAGUGGCCCCCAGUCUAUAGCCAUACACACCGAGAACCCCCCAGGCCAUAGAAGACUACACAUCCCAGAUAUACCUGUAGAAGCCCAGCCAGCAGAUCACAAAGCAUUGCUUCUUCUAGCCGGGAGGCUGCUGCAAGGACGCAGCCGUGAAAGCUCAACAGAAGACUGCCUGGCUGAGCUCACUGAACAGAUGGGGAAAAUGCACAUGAAGGAACUCCCCGCAGAUGAACCUCUUAAAUACCCCAUAGAGGAAACCACACAGGGUCAGCCAUGCAGUGGACCCAAUGAUGUCGUCACAGCUCCACCCACAAAAUCUCCAGUUGAAACGAGCCUACCCAUCCUGUGCAGCCCAUCCCAGGAUCCUGUCUGCAAUAUCACAGGUUGUGGGAGCUGUGCUGGAUCUGAUGGAAUUCUUGCACAGGACAACCUCAUUAAAGAGCCUCCUCAGUCUAUCUACAUCCCUAGUGCACUGACCGCAUGUACACCAGCAUUUGGACCACCAACUGACCACAGUCAGACUCCCAAUGAGGGCUCAAAUGGACGCAAGAGUCCCACACCUCAGCAACCAGAAGACGAAAUAGUCCAAACAUACGUGAUGGUUUAGAGACACAAAGCAUUCCAAGUAUAUUACAGUGUACCAAAAAUGUCUUUGUGCAAGUAUUGGUUUUUAUUGAUAGGAAGUUUCUUGUUAAUGAAGCCCUGAUUUUGGAUUAGCUUUGGUAAUUAUGAAGGUGACUGGAAGAAUGUCUGUGCCCUUUGUCUUUUUAGCAUCUGUCAUAGGUUUUUGACGUGAAGGAAGGUUUCUUGCUGCUAUCAUUUUCAUGAACCUGCUUGGGUCGAAAUGAUUAUUAGAGCUUGAUUUUCUAGUUACUGUGCCUUACUUAAUGUAGAGACAGAUAAAUGUGCACUUACUUGUCUUGAUGGAACAUUUGUUUUGCUGGAAUGUCUAACCUUGGAUUAAUGUGGGUUAAAAUAAGUGUUAAAAAAUGCUGUUCGGGGCUUCGUUUUGUAAAAGAGGCCCCUUGUGCAUCAAUAUUAUACUAUCUGUUAUUUAAAGUAAUAAGAUGCAAACAAUUUUUGUAUUGCUCUUACAGUACUACUGAGGCUACAGUGGAGCACGUCAUAAAACUUAUGUGACUUUAGAUUACAGUGUAAUAAAAUCAAUAUUUUCCAAUCCCUUUUUCAGUUUAUUUAAAACAAUACCUUAUACAGUAUAAAUUACAUUGGUCACAGUAACACUUUCAAUAACAUAAACUGACCAUUGUGUCUUUACCUGUUAGUGACACUUUCUGCAAGUGGCAGGAUGAAGAGAAUUCAUGAAAAUAAAAGAAUCUUUACUGUAAA